UUUUUAGAAGCAUUCAUAUAUUAUGAUUAUUAUAAGAUCAAAAUUAUAGUAAAAUAACUUGAAGAUCGGUUUUUAGUUUGUAAUUCGCCAAUAAAAACACAGAAGCUAUACUCACUUCUUCAACAUCAACCACACUUGUUUUUUCUUUCUUCACACAAGUCCCUGUCCAUUUCAAACACCUCAAAAACUGAUGACCCAGAUCAAAGAUUUCUUCGCCGGAAUCUUGCACUCCGGUAAGAACAUCAACUUAUCCAACAAAAGAAAAAAACUCUUCUUAACUGCUUUUGCAUCAAUCCUACUACUCUCUGCUCUAAUCGGCAUUGUCAUCGGAGUCAAAUCUCGAAACUCCACCACAGAAAGCAUCAGAGUUUCAGCCGCCCAUGCCGUCGUAAAAUCAUCAUGCAGCGCCACCUUGUACCCAGAACUAUGCUAUUCCACCAUCACCAGCCACCCCGAUAUGAUCAAAAAGGUCAAAACCCAAAAGGACGUAAUCGAGCUUGCUGUUAAUAUAACAACUACUGCCGUCGAGCGCAGCUACUUCCAGAUAAAGAAACUCACCACUCGCAAAGGUCUGACGCAUCGCCAGAUCACGGCGCUGCACGACUGCCUGGAGAUGGUAUCGGAGACAUUGGACGACCUCCACGAUGUCAUCAAAGACCUCGAAGAGUAUCAAACCAAUAAAUCCAUCAAGCAGCAUGCCGACGACCUCAAGACGCUAAUGAGCUCCGCCAUCACCAACCAAGAAACUUGUCUCGACGGAUUCUCCCACGACGAAGCGGACAAGAAACUCCGUAAAUCACUGGAAAAAAGCGAGAGGAGAGUGGAGAAGAUGUGCAGCAAUGCAUUGGCCAUGAUUUGUAACAUGACGAGAACAGAUUUGGCGAAUGAGAGGAAACUUAACGGGAGGAACUUGAAGGAGGAACAGAAUAAUGCAUGGCCGGAGUGGUUCUCUACCGGAGAUAGGAGGUUGUUGCAGUCAGGGACGGUGAAGGCAAACGUGGUGGUUGCUGCCGAUGGUAGUGGAAACUACAAGACGGUGGCGGCUGCGGUGGCAGCAGCGCCGUCAAAGAGCAAGACAAGGUACGUGAUUAGGAUAAAGGCUGGGGUGUAUAGGGAAAACGUGGAGGUGCCUUCGUCCAAAACUAACAUAAUGUUUAUGGGAGAUGGAAGAAAGAAUACAAUCAUCACCGGUAGCCGGAGCGUUAAAGGAGGAAGCACGACUUUCGAUUCCGCCACCGUGGCUGUCGUAGGUGAUGGAUUCUUGGCACGUGACAUAACAUUUCAAAACACCGCCGGAGCUGCAAAUCACCAAGCGGUGGCACUUCGUGUGGGCUCAGAUUUUUCCGCAUUCUAUCAAUGUGACAUGUUGGCCUACCAAGACACCCUUUACGUCCACAGUAACCGUCAAUUUUACAUCAACUGUUUCAUCGCCGGCACCGUGGAUUUCAUCUUCGGCAACGCUGCAGUGGUGUUCCAGAACUGCGACAUCCAUGCACGCCGCCCUGGACCCGGUCAAAAGAACAUGCUCACAGCACAAGGUCGCACCGACCCUAACCAAAACACAGGGAUUGUGAUUCAAAAGUGCAGGAUAGGUGCCACUUCCGACCUCCUACCGGUGAUAGGGAGUUUUCCGACGUAUCUAGGACGACCAUGGAAACUUUAUUCAAGAACUGUGGUGAUGCAAUCAACGGUUAGCAAUGUGAUUCAUCCAGCCGGAUGGUUUGAGUGGGAUGGGAACUUUGCGCUUGAUAGUUUAAGCUACCGUGAAUACCAGAACACUGGUGCCGGAGCUGGAACUUCCGGUAGAGUAAAAUGGAAAGGGUUCAAGGUGAUUACAAGUUCAUCAGAGGCUCAAGGGUAUACUCCGGCAAACUUCAUUUCAGGGGGUAGUUGGUUAAGCUCUACUACCUUCCCUUAUUCACUCAAUCUGUAAACAAAUGGAUCGAUUUAGGGUAACUGUUGUGUGUAAGAGGAUGAAAGUUUUGUAUCGAAUAAUUUGGUUGUUUUCUUUAGGUGGAGUUUGACGUUGCGGAUGUGAGUUUUUUAAUCCACUUUUCAUUAGUUUUCUGGAUGACAUGUUGCAAAUAUGCUGACAUGUUAGAUUAUGUGACAACUUGAAUUAUAAAUGCUACACCUCUUCAAGACCUUUUUAAGAAAACAAAGCGCAAAUUGAAUAAAUGAAGCAUACUUGGAGUUGUUUAAGCGACUAAGAUUUACCCUUGAAAAUUGAUAGGUCACGAGUCUCAAUAAUCUUACAAAUUUGUCGUACAAAUUAUGUUUUCCUUUUAAUAACUGAGGACCUCAACAGACCCGUCUUGAUGACCUGGCCGAUGUAACCUCAAGGCCUAUGCAUGCCUCUAAUAACAUGUGGUCCGAUUUAAAUGCCCUGAAGGAGAAGGAUGGCCGUUGAUUGGAACCCUCCUAGGACUUGAAUUCAUGACGGAAUGCAUGGAGGAGUGGCACUUGCUUUACCCGUUAGGGAGUAGACAGUUUCAUAUAAUUGUUUGUGUUACUUUGCUAGUCAAAUAUAAAAGAAAGAAAUACACGUAGAGCCAGAAAAGGCACCGACUUAAUACAUUCUUCCUUUGUUAAACAAGUACAUGGGUGGAGAAGUCUAUCUUUCCAUUGACUUUCAACAUUUCCAUGGUAAACACUUGGAAAUCUAUCCCCUCUAACCACACACUUUGGUACUUGUAUAAUAGCACAACUUACAACUAACCAAUGCUUGAGCUAAAAAGGAUGCAAGGAGUUAGUGAACUCACAGCACGAAUAUAUGCGUUACUAUAAACACCAAGAAUGUUUUAACCAAUAUGAUUCCCUCCGCCAUGAUAGGUAUGAGUCCUCCCAUCCACGUUAUAUUUUUCUAGGUCAUAUGCUAUAUCACUCUCUACAUCAUACCAUUUCAGCCAGCCAGGGGCGGAACACGAGAAGUUGUAAGGGGGGCCGAAACCGAAACAUUAAAAACCAUAUAAACAAGAUGAAU